AUGUAUCCUCCUACUCAGGGUCGCGCUUACGGACUCAUCAAGAGUACAGCAGUGACCCAUCCAUCCUUGCACAUUCGUGACGUACAUGACGCCCAUAUCGUUCUUGAAGCCGUUCGGCUCAACAUUCUUCCCCUCCUCAAACGUCGCUUGUUAGCGAGCGAGAGGGAUGAACUCAAGAGCGGACACGUCUACGUUUGGGAAGAAGCUCAAGACGACGGCGGUCUCCUGCGGUGGACUGACGGACGGCGAUGGUCUCAAAGCCGGAUGAGAGGGGACUAUCUCUUCUAUGAAGAAAAGAUAGAGACUACACAGGAAGAAAGAGACGCCAAGGCUGCUCGCAGGGCGCGUAGAGCAUCCGAUCCCAACGCGGUGGUCCCUCCUCCUAUACGUCGGAAGGAUCGACCUACGAAGCCCAACGGCCUGACCAAGCAGACAUAUUCGGUAACCGUCAAUCUUCCCGGAGCCCCUGAACCCCGCAAAUGGCACGUCGUUGCUUACUUCUCCGGAGAAGACUAUGCCCGCUUGCCGGUCAUAGAGUCUUACAGCUAUCUCAGGAGCAUCCAAGUGCCCAAUGGGAUCUUCUUCAGUAACAAGAUCCUUUGCGGUAGGGCAGAGAGGUUCGCCUCGUAUUCGGACGAAAGUGAACCUCUUGAAGAUGGCCCUCAUCUUCAUGAAGCACCGCCUUCUCCGGCUUAUUCUUAUUCGUCACCUCCACCAAGCUUGCCGUCUUACUCUCCUCGAGCCUCUCCGCAAGCGUUGUCUCAUCCACGCGUGUCUCUUCCCCCUCUCGCUUCCUUAGGCUCACAUGGAAAGCGCCCACAACUUCCUCAUCCCUACAGCGCUCCACAUUUCGGUGGUGGCAUCCCGACGCAUUAUACCCCGCUUUCUUCAGAAGACCGUCGUGCUCUAGAGAAAUUCAAAGUUGUUCUGUAA